ACACACACACAUCCUCUUGCUUUCCUGUACGCUCCCCUGCUUAAUUCCCAAAGUCUACGUUUUGCGUUGCCACUUCGCCUUUGGAUACGGCGUUGGAUUUUGCGCCAGGCUCGCUGCGUGCUCACUGCUCCUCAGAGACCAAACUAGGGGAUGGUCGGUCCGUCAGCGGGCGGCACAAGUGUUGGGAAGCCUUAAAUUUUUUCUCUCUUUCCCCCCCGCUGCCAACCUUUUUUAAUCGCCCCGGGGAGAAAUAGACCUCGUUGGCUCGGGAAUUAGUUCACAUCUUUUCUUUUCUCCCUGAAAUACGCAUUUUCCCUGUACGCGGAUGGAGGCGGCGUUUUGAAAAAUUUAUUCCAAAUGACCGAACAGUGCGUGUGAGGUAUCCACGGAGAAGUUUGACUGCGCAUCGUCUUGUGUGGAAUGUGCUGCAGCUUUGCAAUGAGACGUCUGUGGCUCUGUGUCUUGCUUGUGAGCAUCACCUGCCGUCUGAGCCUCUCCCAGGAUGUAACUGGAACUCCCAAAGAGGCAGAAUUAAACGACAACAUCACCAUCUUCACGCGCAUCCUGGAUGGACUGCUGGAUGGUUAUGACAACAGACUCCGCCCCGGACUGGGAGAGAAGGUGACCGAGAUCAAGACCAACAUCUUUGUCACAAGCUUUGGCCCAGUGUCUGACACUGAAAUGGAAUACACCAUUGACGUAUUCUUUCGUCAGAGCUGGAAAGACGAGCGGCUUUGCUUCAAAGGCCCGAUGGAGAUGCUCCCUCUGAAUAAUCUCCUGGCCAGUAACAUCUGGACCCCCGACACCUUCUUCCUCAACGGGAAGAAGUCCAUCGCCCAUAACAUGACUACGCCUAACAAGCUGCUGCGGCUGAAAGAUGACGGGACUCUUCUCUACACCAUGAGGCUGACUAUCUCAGCAGAGUGCCCCAUGCAGCUGGAGGAUUUCCCAAUGGAUGCCCACGCUUGUCCCCUUAAAUUUGGAAGCUACGCGUAUCCGGUCUCAGAGGUGGUCUACACGUGGACUCAGGGAGCAGCCAAGUCUGUGGUGGUGGCAGAGGAAGGGUCCCGGCUCAAUCAGUACCAUCUGACCGGUCAGACCGCCGGGACAAAGGACAUCUACACCAGCCGAGGUCAAUACACUGUGAUGAUGGCUCACUUUUACCUGAAGAGGAAGAUUGGCUACUUUGUCAUCCAGACCUACAUGCCUUGCUUCAUGACCGUGAUCCUGUCCCAGGUUUCCUUUUGGCUCAACCGGGAGUCUGUACCAGCGCGCACCGUCUUUGGGGUGACCACAGUGCUCACAAUGACCACACUCAGCAUCAGUGCUCGAAACUCGCUGCCCAAAGUGGCGUACGCUACUGCCAUGGACUGGUUCAUUGCGGUGUGCUACGCAUUCGUCUUCUCUGCGCUCAUUGAAUUCGCCACAGUUAAUUAUUUCACCAAGCGGAGCUGGGCCUGGGAUGGAAAAAAAGCAAUGGAGGCCCAACAGCCCAAGAAAAAAGACCACUUAGCUUUGUCUAAGAAGCCAAACAACACCUGUUCAGCCGGCGUUAAUUAUACAACCAACCUCACCAAGGACGCGUCCAUCUCGACCAUUUCAAACAGCACUGCUGUUCAGCUUAAACCGUCCGAAACCAAGGCCCCGGAUCCCAAAAAGACUUACAACAGUGUGAGCAAGAUCGACAAGAUGUCCAGGAUAGUGUUCCCAGUGCUGUUUGGGACCUUCAACCUGGUGUACUGGGCUACGUAUCUCAAUAGGGAACAAGUUAUCGAGCCUCAGCGAUGAGGGUCAUUCUUCCACCUGACAACCACUUCAGGAUUUGAUAAAAGGAACGCAAUCAAAAACAAUGCCAAGUACUUAGUCCUUGUAUCAUACAGUAGAUGUGUGUUUUUCUUUUUGCGGAAUUAGGAUUACAUGAUUGCAUGUCUGUCACUUAACGAAAGUUUUGCCACGAGUUUGCGUGACGAUAUGGGAUGAACAACCUAAACAGUCAGUCACCGACUACUUUCUGUCAACUUAUAAUCUUUUGACAUUUCAGCAUUUGUGUUUUCUCUCUGAAUCCACAGUAGGUGAUGGUACAGCAAGGCCAAGCGCUAUGCAAAACAUUGUCGCCGUGUUAUUACUGGCUUUCACCAACGCAACCUUUGUUUUCUACAAAUUAGCUGGAGGUCCACGAUUGCAAAGCUGGGCCCAGGCACAUGGAACUUUGCUUCCUUGUUAAAAGCAGAUGAAUAGCCAUGCUUAAUGUGUUGCCUUCAGAGUGUAAUAACUCAUUAUGAAUGCACUGAAAUAUGCAUCGCAGUUUUUUUCAGAAGCUGUUACCUUGACUCUUAUUGGUAAUCGCGCUGCUUUGCUUGAUGUAGAAUGAGCCGAUUUCAUUUGGUAGCGUGCUUCUGUGUUUCUUUUUGUGGUUCCUUUAUGGAUAAAUUAAACGGGGAGAGUUUCAGUCCGAAGCGAUGGUGGGAUGGUUGGGAUUCCUGUGAUGUCUAUGUAGGUAUGAUAGUAGUUUGAGAAACAUGUACAUAUGCGCCGCUUUUAGAAAAGCACCGGUACGGUAGUAAUAUUAGUCUUUAGUUCACGCAUAUACAGCCACACUAUUACUCUAGUCUAGUGCUUCAUUGACUGGAUAUUGAGAAAUGAGCCAAGCAGCCUGUGCUUUAGCUUUUUGGACUUAAUAUAUACACACACUAUAUAAAUAUAUAUUCAAUUUUUAAACCUUUGGCUUUUUUAGGUACAUUUUGGUGAUUCCAUAAGCUUUGACGAUAAAAUAGUUUCUGUAAAUAUUUGGAUGCUUUGAGCAAAAUUGCUUUUUUUUUUUGUUUUGUCUUGUAGUGUAAGAGGCCUGCUCCUGUCCAGGAAUUAUCUUGAUGGCUAGUUUAGCAGAAAGAAACAAAGAGAGAACGUAGCCACGCUCUGUUGUGUGGGAGUUGCUUUUCCGAUAAACGGGACUUCGCGCUGCAUACAUUUCAGGCGAGACCUGCAUCAUUUGGUUGCUUAAAACAUUAAGUAUGUUUUCUCUUUUUUAAUACAGAACACAGAACUAUUACUUUACUGUUGCUUGCUACAAGUAGAUCACCCACUGCUAGGAAACGAUUGGUUACUUGGUUUGAGUUUAUAUAAGGUGAGGUUAAUUUAUAACUUCUUUGUGCACAGAUGGCAGGUUUCCAUGUGGUCUCAUUUAUAACACAUUUAGAACAGGCAUUGGAUGUGUUGCCUUCCUGUCUCAAGCACAGUGGUUGGACAUUGCACAGGAUUUCUGGAGAAUCUAGAGUGAUUUCUUGGUUCAAUGCCAUCUCUGUCCUCACACUUUUUUUUUUUUUUGGUUUACUGCUCAGUUAUAAAGAUGUGGAUAGCAGCAAAUCUCCUCACACGACCUCUCCUCCAAACAAGCGGUAUUUCUGUGCAGUGACUCUGCAGAGGAGUUUGAACGUAUCCUUGUGGACUUGGACCCUGGCAGCCAGGCAUGCGUUGGCCUGUUGUUAACUGUUAACGUUAGAGACAUGGCUCCGUUUGGAGGCUUGACGCUACAUAAUCUAAUUCCAUUUGUGAGAGUGGUACCAAUCUGCUCCUCAAAUUUUGGCAAGACCGACAAGUACUAUAAUGUCAUCGUAUAAUUAACCACUUCUUUUUUACAUGACGCUCACGACAGCAGCUGCAUGCCCUACACUCACUUCAGCAGAGUUAGUUUUGCAGUCUGACUUUAUGCCUGCGCGGCCUGCCAAUACACAUGCAUUGUGUCACUACAUUUAAAUGAAUUUUGGAUACAGGCUGUACUUUAAAUGCAAGUACCUGAAGCAAUAAAUGACAUUUCUAUAAGUAAUGACUCAUGUUCUUGAUAGUAUGUUGCCAUUAAUCCCUCUCCCACUUUUUUGGAAUAUGCUACCUUGAUCAUUUUGUUGGUAUAGUUCUGUCCAGAUUUCCACCUUUUAGCAAUAGUUGUUUUUAAUACAGUAUAUAUAUAUGUAUACAGCUGUACCUUCAUUCAUUCAUGCUCUUGCAUUUUCUCUUUGGAAGCACAGUACUCUCUGAUCAUAUUCAAUGUGUUUCAUUUUUCUGCAUAAUGCCUUUGCAGACGAGCAACGUGACGGCCUGUGUCGCUAUUAAAACUUUUUCUCUUGAUUGUUGUGACUCCAGCGAAGCUUCACCGACUCCAGUCGCCUGUGUUUAAUAAAAAUGUACUGAAACCUAAAAAGGCACCAUUA